AUGGUUAAAAGCACCCGCGCCAAAACUCUCUCCGUCCUACAAGAUCGAGUCGCGAGAUGCCGUCGCCUCUACGCCCGCACAGGCCAGCUGGUCCUCAAGAAGCUCUACAUGUUUUCCGUGGAAACCAAGAUGACAUUCGCAUCCCGACUCUAUGUCAAGCGAGGCAGAGACGAGAAGGGAACCAAGAAACACGACUAUCUCGGCUCCGACAAUGAUAGCAUGUUUGACAUGCCAGACGAAGAGCACAAAGGAUAUAUCGGUCGCGGCCAUGAGGAACUUGACAGAGUAGUGAAGGAAUUUGGGGAGGAUCAAGACAAUUGA